AUGUUUUUGUUCAUCUAUGACUUUCAUGAAGGAGGAGGAGAAGGCUUGGUUUUGAACCCGUUCUUGAGAAAGCCUAAAUGGAUUGUCGUCGAUGUUAUCUCAUAUGGCAAGGGCAUGGGUUACAGUGGUAAUAGACACGACGAAAAGAGUUACAAGAUUAUAGGGAAUGUGAAUGUAUUCCACUUUGCAACCAAUGAGUGGAAGGUUACUGAACAUAUCACUUGUACUUAUCCCGAAACUGGUCAAUGUUUCAUCCAAAUGCUCGAUUUUUCGAAAGAGAUAAGAAAGGUCUUUUGUGUUCUACCGUGUAAGGGGGGAAAAAGUACACGUAUCCUCUCGGUUUACAAGGGAGAUAGGUUUUCAGUGUUAGAACAAUCCAUAGAAACAAGAGCUAUUGAGAUUUGGGUGACAAAGAAUAAAAUUGGUAAUGGAGAAGAUGAUGGAGAAAAUGUGGUGUGGAUUAAGUUCAUGACUAUGCCAAUACCUAACUUCCCUAUGUUACUUUGUAACAAUUCUACAAGUUACUUCGUUGAUAAUAACAUCUAUGGAAAGAGCUUUGUUUUGUGUUUUCAUAGCGAAGAACCUAGAGAAGCUUGGGUCUAUAUUGUGAGGGGAGAUGUGUGCAAAAGGAUUAAGAUAGAGGAAGUGGUAUGUAUGUUUGAUUCCUCUGUCUAUGUUCCUACUUUGAUCACCAUUUCUUGA